AAAAUAUUGAAGUUAAACUUGGCAUGCCUUGGGAAAAAAAACAAUAAUGGCAUAAUUGCACAGGUAUAAUUAUGGCAGAGCAUUGGGAAGGAUUUCACCUUUCAUUGCUAAAAGUAAUGUAGCCAAUAUAAAAUUUCACCUAUACUAACUGGUAUCUAUGGGAGUUUGGUCAAAAUAGUAAGUAGUAUCUUGGCAAUAAAGUCCAUUCUUAGCCUUCCUAUUUUUGUUAUUAAAAUGUAAGAGAUGAAUGCUGAAGAAGUAUUUUAUGUCUCAUCACAACCUGUUUGCAGGACACAUUUGCAAAUAGUCCUCCCCUCAUCUUUUCGAUGUCAAACUUGGGACAAUUUGACUCUGAUUUUUACCAAUCUAAUUAUACCAUUGAGAAUCAGGAGCAGAGUUGUAAUGACUCCAAUGCCUAUGGAAAUCUUUAUGGAUCCGGAGAACAGCAGGCCAUGGAGCAGCCUCAGCGUGCCUUUGUUCCCCCGGAGAUGCUCAUGUCAUCAGGCUACACUGGACAGUAUUUUCAGCCAGCCUCCAACCUGGAUUAUUAUUCACAAUCUCCCUACGUUGACAGUUUUGAUGAAGAGCCUCCUUUGCUAGAAGAACUUGGAAUUAAUUUUGAUCACAUAUGGCAAAAAACCUUGACAGUGUUAAACCCAUUGAAGCCAGCAGAUGGCAGCAUUAUGAAUGAAACCGACCUGGCUGGGCCCCUCCUGUUCUGUGUGGCGCUGGGAGCCAUGCUGCUUCUGGCGGGAAAAGUUCAGUUUGGUUACAUAUAUGGCAUGAGUGCCAUCGGCUGCCUUGGGAUUUAUGCCUUACUGAACUUGAUGAGCUCUUCCGGAGUGUCCUAUGGCUGUGUUGCGAGUGUGCUGGGUUACUGCCUGCUCCCCAUGGUCAUCCUGUCUGGCAGCUCUAUCUUGUUUUCACUGCAGGGCACCAUCGGUACUGUGCUGGCACUGGUCAUCAUUCUCUGGUGCAGUCUCUCAGCUUCCAAGAUCUUUAUUUCCGCCUUGGACAUGGAAGGACAGCAGCUUCUCGUUGCCUACCCGUGUGCCUUACUUUAUGGACUUUUUGCCCUCUUAACAGUUUUCUGAAGAUUAUUUGAGGUGGCAUUACAGUAUUCUGUUUAUUUGCUGUUCAGAUUAUUCUGGAAAUGUAUUAGCUUUCAAAUUUAGUAAUAUGCUUUAUUGCUAUUAAGAGAUUAAUAAGCAGAAAAACAAGUCAUUUACAGAUGAUGCUCUAAUAGCAUGUUUGGUUUGAAUGAUGUUCUGCGUCUCAGUUUGAUGCAUUAAAACAUUUAAACAUGCUUUAAAAUAAAAUAAAGGGAAUAAAAUUGUUUUACUGAUGGAUCUUGUUUUUCUUGAUGAAUGCAUUUCUGAGAAACUGUAAAUAAAUAAAAUCACAGGCUGAGUGGAUAGUUAGCCUUCUGAGAU